UACAGUCGGUCGACUGUGCACAACCAUGAGAUUCAACAGAUGUAAAUAUAAAAGAGAUUUCUUCUCCUGAGGCAGAGGCCAGCUGUAUGUGACCCCUUGUGGGGGUGAAGAGCAGCAGUCAUGGGAACCAGCAGCCAGGUGCGGCUGCUCCUCUGGAAAAACUGGACUGUCCGCAAGAGACAGAAGACGCGGCUCUUUAUGGAGAUUAUGUGGCCUGUGGUGCUAUUCAUUGGAUUGGUAUGGCUGAGAAAAGCAAAUCCCCUCUACCGCCAGCAUGAAUGUCAUUUUCCAAACAAAGCCAUGCCCUCCACUGGUAUCCUUCCUUGGAUCCAAGGGAUCUUCUGCAAUGCCAACAACCCCUGUUUCCAGCACCCUACCCGUGGAGAGUCUCCAGGCCUUGUGUCCAACUACAACAACUCAAUACUAGCCCGGUUUUGGUCAGAUGCACAGGAGCUGCUGUUUGAUGAUCCUGAGUUCCUGCAGUUGGGAAGUCUAUGGAGGGAACUAAACGCCAUGAGCAACUUCAUGGACAUCCUACGGACCAAUCCUGAACUGAUCUCGGGUCGAGGCGUGAAAGUGGAAGACAUCUUGAAGGAUGAUGAAAGCCUCACUUCCUACCUGCUCAGAGAUGUUCCUCUCAUUGACUCUGUGGUAUAUCAGCUGGUCAAUGCCCAGAUCAGACCUGAACAGUUUGCAUAUGGAGUUCCUGAUCUGAGGCUGAAGGACAUCGCCUGCAGUCAGACUCUCCUUGAGCGUUUCCUCAUUUUCCCCAGCCGCCGGGGCCUGUAUGCCGUGCGCAAUGCCAUGUGUAUCCUCACCCCAGAGCGACUUCAAACCAUUGAAGACAAAUUCUACACCAAUCUCGACUUCUUCAAACUUUUCCGCCUGCUCCCUCUAGUUAUUGAUAACUACUCGAAUGGACUCAACUUGCACUUGUGGACCCAACUUCUGCCUGCUUUAUCUGAGAAGCUGCGAUUGCUGUUUGACAGAAAUAGUUCAAAAGACCUGCUGCAGGUCCUCUCUUCACUGCUUCAGUCCCACGAGACUCCAACUUUCAGCCAACUCAUGGCUGCUACCUCCAGCUUGUUCUGUGGCUACACGGAAGGGGCCUUCUCCAGGGUCACCUCCUUCAACUGGUAUGAGGAUAAUAACUACAAAGCAUUUUUAGGCAUCAACAACACACAGGGACAGGGGAAGUACAACUACGAUCACACAGCCACUCCAUUUUGUAAUGCCCUCAUGAAAGAUUUGGAGUCCAAUCCGGUCACAAGGAUCGUGUGGAGUUCAGUCAAGCCUUUCCUGAUGGGCAAAAUCCUGUACGCCCCCGAUUCUCCUGCUGUCAGACAGAUCAUUAAAAACGCAAACACCACCUUUGAAGAGUUAGAAAGACUAAGGAACAUGGGUCAAGCAUGGGAGGAGGUGGGUCCACAGGUGUGGAACUUCUUUCAAGAUGGUGUGCAGAUGAACAUGAUUCAGGACUCCAUCAGAAACCCCACGGUCAUGGAUCAUAUCAACAGAGGCCUUAAGGAUACUCCGUUCACGGGUCAACACAUCCUCAACUUCCUGUACAAUGGCCCUGAGGAGGAUCGAGCCCAGGACAUGCCUAAAUUUGACUGGCGGAACAUCUUCAACCUGACUGACCAAGUGAUUCGCCUGAUAAACCGCUAUGGAGAGUGUCUAGUCCUUGACAAGUUCUCUGGCAUCUCUGAUGAGGAUCAGCUGACCUAUCGAGCACUUGACCUGCUAGGCAAGAGUAAGUUCUGGGCUGGGUUGGUCUUUGUGGACAUGUACUCCUGGACCUUUAAGGUGCCUCCUCAUGUCAAAUUCAAGAUCCGCAUGGACAUUGAUGUUGUAGAGCGAACCAACAAGAUCAAAGACAGAUAUUGGGACCCAGGGCCAAGAGCUGACCCCAUGGAUGACUUGCGGUAUGUUUGGGGGGGAUUCGCCUAUCUCCAGGACAUGAUAGAGCAUGGAAUCAUAAAGACCCACACAGGAAAGGAAUGGCCCUUUGGAGUCUACCUGCAGCAGAUGCCAUAUCCUUGCUAUGUGGAUGACCUAUUCAUGCUAACUCUGAACCGCUGCUUUCCAAUCUUCAUGGUACUGGCCUGGGUCUACUCUGUCUCCAUGACGGUUAAGAGCAUCGUGCUGGAAAAGGAGAUGAGGUUGAAAGAGACUUUGAAAGCAAUGGGUGUCACUAACCGAGUGCUCUGGUGCACAUGGUUCAUCGACACCUUCCUUGUGAUGGCCUCCAGUACAGCCCUGCUCACUAUUAUUGUCAUGGGAGGAAAAGUGUUGAACUAUAGCAAUCCCAUUAUCCUCUUCCUCUUCCUGCUUAUGUUCACCAUGGCAACCAUCAUGCAGUGCUUCCUCAUGAGUGUGUUUUUCAACAAAGCUAAUCUUGCAGCAGCUUGCAGUGGAAUCAUUUACUUCACUCUGUACCUACCACACAUAGUGUGCUUUGCCUGGCAAGACCGCAUUACCAAGGAUUUGAAAAUUAUGGCAAGUCUGAUGUCCCAGGUGGCAUUUGGUUUUGGUACAGAGUACUUGUCCCGUUAUGAGGAGCAGGGACUCGGGCUGCAGUGGGACAACAUCCAGACCAGCCUUCUGGAGGGGGACGAGUUCUCCUUUUUCAUCUCAAUUAUCAUGAUGGCAGUGGACACAGUCCUUUAUGCUGUUCUCGCAUGGUACCUCGAUACUGUUUUCCCAGGGCAGUAUGGUAUUGGUCGGCGCUUUUACUUUCCAGUCCAGCCAUCCUAUUGGUUAAACCAACCUGAGCCUCUAAAACAAGUCCCUGGAAAGCCAGUAGUGGAGAAACCUGCAUUUGAAAAUCUGGUGAACAACAUUGAAGACCAGGCCAAGAACCACACAGCAGAUAAGGAACAGAAUGAGAAACCUCAGCCAGGAUCCUGCAAACAUGGAGAUAUACGGGAUAAACUAGAGAAAGAAAAAGAACAACAGAGGCUUGAUGAAGAUGAGAUGACCAAUAAGAGCAUGAGCACAGACUCAUCAGGGAGGCUCUUCUUCGAACCCGAGCCAUCUAGUCUGGUGGUCGGAGUGUGUGUGGAGAACCUGUAUAAGAUGUUUAGUGGCAGCUCUAGACCAGCUGUGGAUGGCCUGAGUAUCACCUUCUACGAGGGUCAGAUCACUGCCUUCCUGGGUCACAAUGGUGCAGGGAAAACAACUACUAUGUCUAUUCUCACUGGCAUGUUCCCUCCCACCUCUGGUACAGCCUUCAUUUAUGGGAAAGAUAUCCGCACGGACAUGGAUGCCAUCCGUAAAUCCCUGGGAAUGUGCCCCCAACAUAACAUUAUCUUUCACCAUAUGACAGUAGCAGAACACAUCCUGUUUUACUCUCUACUGAAGGGUAGGCCAUUACCCGAGGCCCAGAUUGAAGUGGAAAACAUGCUGGAAGAUCUUGGUCUCCCUCACAAAAGAAAUGAGGAGGCACAAAAUCUGUCAGGUGGUAUGCAGAGGAAGCUUUCUGUUGCCAUGGCUUUUGUUGGUGGUGCCAAAGUGGUAUUUCUGGAUGAACCUACAUCUGGAGUGGACCCAUACUCCAGACGCUCCAUCUGGGAUUUACUGCUAAAAUACCGUGCAGGACGCACAGUCAUCUUAUCCACACAUCACAUGGAUGAAGCCGACCUGUUGAGUGACCGAGUGGCCAUCAUCUCUCAAGGCCGGCUGCACUGCUGUGGCUCUCCUCUCUUCCUGAAGAACUGUCUGGGUGCUGGUUUCUACCUCACACUGGUGCAACGCCUUAAAGAGGAGCCACCCCAUGUCAGAAAGGAGGGUCAGUGUGACUGUACCGAUGACUGUUUGUCUAAGUGUUCACUCUGUAGAAAAUUUAAAGAGAGCAGCAAAGAGCAGACCAGAGUUUCGGAAAGACAGAUGGAAGGAGAUGUUCAGAGCAUCACAGCCCUUGUGCACAAUCAUGUUCCUGAGGCCAGGUUGAUUGAGGUCAUUGGGCAGGAGCUGACCUUUCUGUUGCCAAGUAGAGGCUUUAAACAUCGUUCUUACACCAGUCUGUUCAGAGAGCUGGAGGAGAAGCUGGCAGACAUUGGACUGAGCAGCUUUGGAGUAUCAGAUACAUCACUAGAAGAGAUCUUUCUGAAAGUCACAACUGAUGGAGAAGUGGCUUACAGCAAUGCUAUAUUUGAGGCAGACAGAUCGGUGUAUGCUAACGGUCAGUCAAACUCUGGGAGUUCGCACAGCAAAGAGGACAGAGGAUCAAUGCAGGUGAAGGGAAUCUUUCUGGCCCUGAAACAGUUUUUUGCUUUGCUCAUCAAGAGGUUCCAUCACACCACACGUUCUGGCAAGGAUUUCCUCGCUCAGAUUGUGUUGCCUGCUAGUUUUGUGCUGGUUUCCCUGAUGUUUACGCUGAUCGUUCCUCCAUUCGGGGAAUAUCCUAGCCUUACACUAAGCCCAUGGAUGUACGGCAGACAGUUCACCUUCUUCAGUAAUGAACAGAUGCAAAGUCCAGAAAUGAGAUAUUUUGGAGAAGUGCUUUUAAACAGACCUGGAUUUGGGACUCGCUGCAUGGUUAGCGAACCUUUAGAAAACUACCCAUGUAAUAACAUUACCACAGAGUGGGAAAUGCCCCUGGUGAACCCAGCACUCAUCGACAUGCUGGCUGACUCAGAGUGGACGGACAUCAAACCAUCUCCCAGCUGCCAGUGCAGCACGCCUGACAAACUCACCAUGUUACCCGUGUGCCCAGAGGGUGCUGGAGGCCUUCCACCUCCCCAGAGGAUUCAAUCCACUGGUGAUGUAUUGCUGGAUCUGACUGGUAGAAAUAUCUCUGAUUACUUGGUAAAGACGUACACAAGUUUAAUAAGGACAAGCUUGAAGAGCAAAUACUGGGUGAAUGAGCAAAGGUAUGGUGGCAUCUCUGUUGGAGGUCGACUUCCUGUUUUAGAUGUGGAUCCUAAAACCAUUCAGAAUGUUGCUUCUCAAUUAGGACAUCUGCUUAAUGUUACAGGGGGCAGAUACUCAAAGCUCACUCUGAAGGAGUUUGGUACUUUCUUGAGGUAUAUGGAGACUGAAAACAAUGUCAAGGUGUGGUUCAAUAACAAAGGCUGGCACGCUAUGGUGGCCUUCAUGAAUGUGGCGAAUAAUGCCAUCCUUCGAGCCAACCUGCCUCCUGGUGUCGACUUAAAUGAGUAUGGCAUCACAGCUAUCAAUCACCCACUAAACCUGACCAAAGAACAGCUGUCGGAAGUCACAGUACUGACCACAUCAGUGGACGCAGUGGUCGCCAUCUGCGUGAUCUUCGCCAUGUCAUUCGUACCGGCUAGUUUUGUACUGUAUCUAAUUCAAGAGAGAGUUACACAGGCCAAACACCUGCAGUUUGUGAGUGGAGUCAGCCCUCUGGUCUACUGGACUGCUUACUUCUUCUGGGACAUGAUAAACUAUGCUGUGAGUGCAGCGAUGGUCGUGGGGAUUUUCAUUGCAUUUGACAAAAAGUGCUACACCUCACCUGCCAAUUUGCAAGCUUUGAUAGCACUACUGAUGCUUUAUGGCUGGUCUGUGACUCCCUUGAUGUAUCCGAUGUCAUAUGUGUUUAACGUGCCCAGCACAGCGUACGUCUCUCUGUCCUGCAUCAACCUCUUCAUUGGCAUCAACAGCAGUGCCAUCACGUUUAUCUUAGACCUGUUCGACAGUACAGAGGCAUUGUACAAGUGUAACCAGCUGCUGAAAAAAGCUCUGCUCAUCUUUCCUCACUUCUGUUUGGGCCGUGGGCUCAUUGACAUGGCGAUGAACCAGGCUGUGAUGGACGUGUUUGCACGCUUCGGUGAGGACUAUAGUGUGGAUCCCUUUAGCUGGGACUUUGUGGGAAAGAAUGUGACAUUCAUGGCAGUGGAGGGGUUUGUCUAUUUCAUCAUAAACAUCCUGAUACAGUACCGAUUCUUCAUGGAUCACUGGAUGUCAGAUUAUAAGAAGCCUCCAAUAACCGAUGAAGAUGUGGAUGUGGCAAAGGAGAGGGAAAGGAUUUAUAAAGGUGGAAGUUCUAGUGACAUCCUCCAGAUAAAAGAUCUAUCAAAGACAUAUUCUGGGACGAACAGACCAGCAGUGGACAGGAUAUGUGUGGGAGUGUCCCCAGGAGAGUGCUUUGGUCUUCUGGGUGUGAAUGGCGCUGGGAAAACGACCACGUUCAAAAUGUUGACUGGAGAUAUAGAUGUAACUUCAGGGGAAGCUGCUGUAACUGGUUACAGCAUUCUGACUAACAUCCUGGACGUGCAUCAGAACAUGGGCUACUGUCCUCAGUUUGAUGCUAUAGAUGAUCUUCUGACAGGUAGAGAACACCUGCACCUGUAUGCUCGGCUCAGAGGAGUCCCGGAAUCUGAGAUCAGCAGAGUGGCUGAAUGGGGAAUCCAGAAGUUGGGUUUGUUUGAGUAUGCAGGCUGCAGUGCAGGCACUUACAGUGGAGGAAACAAACGUAAACUCUCAACAGCUAUUGCCAUGAUUGGCUGUCCAGCUCUUCUGCUGCUGGAUGAGCCGACCACAGGUAUGGAUCCCCACUCUCGCAGAUUCCUCUGGAACUCCAUUAUGAGCGUGAUUAAAGAUGGCAGGGCGGUGGUGCUUACCUCUCACAGCAUGGAGGAAUGUGAGGCUCUUUGCACACGACUGGCCAUCAUGGUAAAUGGGACAUUCAAGUGUCUUGGAACCAUUCAGCACCUCAAAUACAAAUUUGGUGAUGGGUAUGUGGUCACUAUGAAGAUCAGGGCAGCCAAAGCAGGCACGGUACCGGAUCUGAACCCUGCCGAAGCAUUUAUGGAGAGCACAUUUCCAGGCUGCAUUCAAAGGGAGAAACACUAUAAUACUCUACAGUAUGAGAUCGCUUCCUCCUCUCUGGCCAAAGUCUUUCAGUUCGUAUUGGCAAACAAAGACAGGCUGAAUAUCGAAGAUUACUCAGUCUCCCAAACAACACUGGACCAGGUUUUUGUGAAUUUUGCCAAGCAGCAGUCUGGAGAAGAUGACGCCAUUGUGUUGCACCCUAGGGCUGCCGGUGCCCGGCGAGACAUGAGGGUGUUUCCAGCGAAAACAAAAACUUGAAGAUGGUUUUUCUAUCAUGUCAAUUGGGGUGCAUCUGAAUGGAAUGCACAACAAAAGAUGUAAAGGAAGAGGAGUUUUUUUUAAUUAUUCAAACACUUUUGCAGUUGAGACUUCUGAUCGUCUAAGCUGCAACUGCUUUACUUGGCCUUUUUUAGCACUGAAACUAAAUCGACCACAACAAAAUACAGACAUUCAGUAACUGGACUGAAAUCAUUAUAUGAAUGCUGUAGCACUUUAUUAUAUCAGUAUCACUUUUUUUUUUCUUUUUAAGAUUUCAGUUUUAAAAACAAAUCAAAUGUUGCUGUAGGUUUUAUUGCAAAGGCUAUUGCUAUUUUUGAAAUACAUAUUGCAUUACGUGGCACGUUGCUAGUCACGGCUUAGUAAUUCCUGCAAAGUAAAAUAAAAAUGUGUAGCUUGUUUACUAAUAAUUUCUCGUAAAUGACUCCUAAAUAAUAUAGCACCUCAAGAUAAGCACAAAAAUCUGUAAAGAAAUUACAUAUAUUUGCCACAAAAUACUAUGAAAUCCAUACAAUAUUAUUGCUUAUGGUGUACCUCGAUAACAAAAGUUAACAGUGCAAUCAUCAAAACUGUCCUGACAUAUUUUAUUUUCAAUGAAUUUAAUGAUAUAUUACUCAACAUAUGACCACUCCUACUUUUCAGCUUAGACCUGAGAAGUGCAAUUUACAAUAAACCCUCUUUUUUUAUAUGGUUAGGAAAAAUGUAUUAUGUAUAUGUAUCACUUACCAUCAUCCAGCCCAGUUAUGGACCAAGGUGUCUGAAAUACAUGGUUGCUGAUGUCCAAAUAGGCAGACAGUCUUCAUCUCUCAGUGCUUUUCUCUCUAAAAAUACAAUGCAGUGCAGUGCAAAUGUAGAAUAAUUGAAUAGGGCUAUAUAAUGUUUAUAUGAUAGCUUUACAGAAAUGCAUGUUUAAACAUGCUUUGUGGCAUUUUGACAUCGAACAGAAAAUAUCAGGACUGAUAUUGCAGCUGUGAUUUUUGUAAAUUCAUUGUUCAUGGCCAAAAGGUUUUCCAGCCUUAAAUUCCAGGGCACCCCCGGGCAGUCAAGGGCCCCCUGAUAGUCAAGGGCCCCUGGGCACUGGCCCCAUUGGCCCGGUCGGUAAUCCGUCCCUGGGUAUACAGGUGAGAAAGAUAUCAUGUGGAAUGUACUGUUAUAUUAAACUGAAGUGUCUCGUACUCACUGAGGUCCAGCCUUAGGGCUUGUCUUACUAGAUACUAUUUGGGAUCUGACAGUGAGAAAGAAAAAUCAUAUACUUAUCAUAUAUCGAAUAUAUCAAUAGAACAUCAUUAACAAUGUAUCAUUAUUAGGUACAAUAAAAUGUAUUACCAAGCACAUUAUUAACUAAUAUUACACAGUACUUACAAUGUAAUUAGACAGUAAUAGGACAUGCUCAUUAAGUGUAGCUAGGAUCUUCAGAUAUAGCAUUGACAGUGUAUACAUUUGUGUGCGUUUUCAUAAUCCAGAAGGUAAUUACACUUACAUGACUUCUGAAACAAACUCUUAUUAUCGUCUAUGCUUGAAUGGGGUACAACCUGCAUUAAAAACACAUAAAAUACAAUAAAUAACCUAUUUUUAAUGGGCACAAAAGUCAAUGUCAUUUAUCACUGAUUGUUAUUGUCCAAAAAACAGAGCUGUUCUUUGGUUUUUGAGUCCAGAAUUUCAACCUGCAAAAGUAAAGUUGCAAUAUCAGCUCAGCCAAUAGUUGCAUGCAAGGACACGUUACUUACUUUUUUAAUUCCAUCAACAUAAAUCAAGUUAAUUUAGAGAAGGUCUUGCCUCAGGGCGAAGCUGCCCAUCUCUUCUCCCAGAAUGAUCUGCUUCAAAGAUAUAUCACACUAAUGAUCGAGAGAUGCCACUAACAUGUAGCUUUGAACAAAUUUUCCUCUUAAGGUUAGGAAUAUUUUGUCAGCAUAUUUUCCCUAGACUGAUUCUACUUUUAUGAUACUUUUAGGGGUGGUUCAUACCGAAUGCAUUAUUGAGUUAAUCUGUGUUGUUUUAUGUAAAAAAAUUGCUAACUAUAUGUUGCACUGUGCCUCACUGUUUUUGUUGCAUCUUUUGCAACAUUUAUUAUUAGCAGCAAUUAUUAGGCAAGUGAGUAUUCUGAUCCUAAUAUUAUUUCCAUGCAUAUUUUCCAACUCCAACCCAUAUAAACUUGAAUGCUUAUUGAAUUAAAUCAUUUUCAGGUGGUAUGCAUUUGUGUAAUAAAGGAGGGUGUGGCAAAAGUGACUAACACCUUAUAUCAAGGUGUGCAUAAUUAUUAGGCAGCUUCAUUACCUCAUGGGUUACAAUGGGCCAAAAAAAAAACAGAUUUAACUGAACCUGAAAAGUCAAAUAUUGUAAAAUGCCUUUCAGACGGAUGCAAAACUCUUGAAAUAGCUAAACUAUUGAGGCGUGACCACCAGUCAGUCAAGCGUUUUGUUGCAAAUAGUCAACUGGGGGCAAAAAACUCAUGGAGAAGGCACAAAUUAAAGUUGAAGCUACCAGGAACCCAUUAUCCUCCAAUGCUACCAUAUUCCAGAACUACAACCUACCUGGAGGGUCCAGAAGUACAAGGUGUUUAGUCCUCAGAGACAUAGCCAAAGUCAAGAAGGCUGAAACACGACCACCACUGAAUAUUUUCACAAGUUGAAGUGUAAAGAUUGGGCAAAGAAACACAUGACGUGAAAUUUUUCAAAGGUUUUAUGGACAGAUGAAAUGAGAGUGAAUCUUGAUGGACCAGAUGGAUGGGCCCGUGGCUGGAUCACAAAUGAACACAGGGCACCGCUUGGAGUCAGGUGCCAGCAAGGUGGAUGAGGGGUACUGGUAUGGGCUGCUAUCAUUAAGAAAGAUUUAGUUGGACCAUUUUGAGUUGAAGAUGGACUGAAACUCAACAAACCUACUGCCAGUUUCUGGAAAGUACUUUCUUCAAGCAGUGGCGCAGGAAGAAGUCCUCAGCAUUCAAGGCCAUGAUCUUUAAGCAGGACAAUGCUCUAUCACAUGUGUAGCCAUUGUUAGUAAUUGCCGUUGGCAUAAUGACAGGGCGGGUCUAUUUCGCAUGAUUUAGUUGGACUAUAAAAGCAGCGCGGUAGCGUCUUUGGGAUGUGCGUCUCAUCGUCACGAGUGACGUUAUCCAUUGCCGGCGUGUUACGGAAGUGUUUUGUCAGGUAAGGAGCGGGAGUUGUGGCUGUACUUCUACGUGUUGAUAUUGAGUAAAGUUUUAUUUACUUAUCUGGCUCCUUUCCCCUAUAGUGUGGACUGAGGACUCCGGUGACACAGUAUAGCGACGUGCGUUGCAAUAAGAUGUUUUAGUGUUCUAAGUUGAAUCAUCGGUGUACCGCAAGUUUAAACCGGUAGGUUGGUUUUAUUAUUACUCGUGUUAUUAUGGGGUGGGUUAAUUAAUC